AUGGUGCGGGACGGCAGAGGUUCCGGGGUGGCCAUCGACUACUUGCCGCUCGUGAUCUGCGCGUGCGGCAGCAUCUACCAGCUCCUGCACGUGCUCUCUGUGGCCGAGUGGGGCAUCAACAUUCACGUGUUCGACCCUUUCGGCCAACACGUCGAGGCGAGCCAUCUGCUGUUCUCGGGCAUCGUCCCCUUGGUGGCAAACAGCGCCCUGGUGAACAUGUACGCGACCAGUGCCAGGAGAGAGGCACGCCUUACUCAGCAGUCCGUCGACAUGGCCUCCAGAGUGGCUGCGAGCCUGGUGAACUUUGACCUGAUCAGGGCCGAGGAGUUGCUGGCACAGCAGGAUGCCGAGUCUCGGGUCCACAAAUCGCUGACGCAGUUGCUGCACAACUUGCGCACCUACCGGCCCUUCCUGCCCAGCUACCUCUUCGUCUCCGAAGCGGAAGACACCGAGCCACCGAACGAAGAACUCAAGGUUGCCAUGGAUGGGCGGUUGACUUCCCAGGUGCAUGCGACGAGAGCUGCGCAGAGGAUACGCGAGCCAGGGUAUACGCUGGGCAAUUUCCGUGAUGACGUCACCGCAGCGUUCCCGGAGCUGAGUCUGUACAAUUGUGGGCUUCGACGGCACAGUAAGACCACCUCUGGGCUGACCACGUCCGAGGAGUACGAGCGCACUAUGGGAGCCCUGUUCUCGACCUACUGUCUUGCACGCGUGGACAUGGACGGACGAAAACUAUCCAGAACGGUGGCGGAUUUUCGUACGGCGUUGACGCGUCGUGAAAGCCACUCGCUACGCCCCAGGGCGAACCUGCCGAAGCGCAGAAAAAACAGGCAUUCUACCAGUCCGACAUUUGGGAUGGCAUGA